UGUAGCGUGUGCCUGUUCUUGUCGUCGCUAUCGGGUGUGGAAAAUUCGCAAUUAUCUUUGCUUGACUCUUCCUUAUUCCCCGAGGCUAGAUUUUAUAAACCCGAAUGAUAAGUGGGAAAUUUAAUUGUGUUUUGUGUUACUUCACUAUAAUUUGGUCGAAAAUAUAGAUGCAAUACUGUUUAAAAAUGUGGCAACCAAAAUGAAAAUGGGAUUUUAUUGUAUGCGAAAGUUAAUUCGUCGCCCGUUGGCGUUUCUGAUUUACUCACUCCUCUCCUAUGUUAUUUUAUGUUGUUUAUUUUCAAUGUUAACUUACGUCUUCAAAGGAGAAAGUGAAAUCAUGACUACCGAUUUUAAAUCGUCAAAGAAAUUGGGAUUGCCGGAACAACUCCCCGUCUGUGUCGGUAAUUUACUGGAUCAACGUGACUACCAUUACGUCAAUUGGGCUAGAACAAGUCACAGCAGCCGCCUAGUGUCCAAAACACAUCCGCACUAUUCCUGUCGGCUAUUAGAAUACACCGCCAAACGAGCGGUGACGUGUUUCGAUUAUCUCAGUCAACUUAAUACCCAAAAUGUCAACAGGAAAUUUCCAAACCUGCACUUUGUCUUCAUGGGUGAUUCGAGAAUGCGACAACAGUUUUUCUAUUUUUUAAAGCUCAUUCCAGACUACGAUCGAAUAACACAGCCCAUGGAAAUCCCUCGUAAUGUCGUUCCUUUUCACCACGGUGACGUCAAUGUUGACAGCAGUGUCAAUAGGCUGCGAGUCUCUUUCAAAUGGAGGCCCAUCAUCAACGACACCGUAAUCGAGAUGAUACGAAGCUGGACGGCAUCUGAUCGGCGCCCCAACUUGAUUUUAUUAAGUAUGGAAAUCUAUAGCAUGAUGCAAGAAUAUGGCGCCGAUUUCCAGCAGUACCAAAAAACAAUUAGAAAUUUCGCUCCUAUUCUUGGCCAAUUGGCUAAAGUCAGUCGAGUGAUUUGGAUGAAUCAAUAUCCCACUGUGGAGCUGUACGGUGACAUGGAUGCCAAAAAUACGGACAUUCACGCCCAAAAGAUUUUUCAGUACAACCAAGCUGUUCGGCGUGAAUACAAGAAUUAUAAAAGCAUCCGAAUAUGGGACUCGAGCAAUCCGCUGACGGAGGAAUACAUCCGGAGCUGUCAAAUGAAUGCGGAACGCGAAUAUCCCAAUCCGUUUUUCAUCAAAAAUGGCAAGGAUCCUUUCAUCAACUGUAAACCCUAUAUUAAUUGUCUCGACUAUAUACACACGGGCUACGUCGCCCUGUCGCAAGCCACUCAGCUCUUUUACAAUGACAUUUGCAAUUCAAAAAUACUAAAACAUAAGGAAGGUAGCCCUUGCUCCGGCCGUGUCUACUUAAUGUGGUAG